AUAAUUUAAAAAUAAAAUUACAACAAUUACGAUCUCUCAUUUUCUGUUAUACUAGCGCCAUUUUCAGUGACAUGUAUUCAAUCACCGAGCACCUCACGGAACGGAUCUUACUUCAUUUUCAAUCCAUCAAUGCUUUUCAUUUUUUUCCUGUUUCCAUUUCUCAACAAUUCUUCUUCUGAUGCAAUCCACCACCGUCACAGAGAGAGAGAGAGAGAGAGAGAGAGAGAAUAAUCGUGUUCGUCUUUUGAUUUUCCCCCUUCCAAAAUGGCAGUUUCUAUCCUCAUUUAUUUCUUCCUCUUUGGUGCUGCAUUUACUCUCGCAAUCAUAUUUUCUACUUCAUUGCUGUCUUGGAUUUUGAGCCGUGUUUUAAAAGCAACUGUUGGAUUUUGUGUUGGUGGAAUCAGAAGUUUACGAGAUGUGGUCAUCAAGUUUGAAAAGGGUCCUACUGAAUCUGUAUCUAUUGGUGAAAUUAAACUCGGCUUAAUCCUUUCCUCUGUCGAACAUGGUGCGAAUGUUGGUUCUUGGAAUCCAAAGUUGCAAUUAUCAAUACGCAACUUAGAAGUUGUUACGAGGCCUACAAUUAAAAGCUCUGGGAAGAAGAGUACCGGAAAAUCCAAAUCCAAAUCCAAAACUCGUUCUUUAAGCAGAGGAAAGUGGAAGACUAUUGUCAAUAUUGCAAGAUAUUUUUCUUUUUCUUUGACAGAGCUAGUUCUAAAGACACCUAAAGGUACUAUUGGGAUCGGGAAGGUGAAUGUUGAUAUAUUUAAAGGUGGUGGAUCCGAGUCAAAUUUGUUUGUUAGCGUACAUAUAUUGCCCAUUUCCGUUCACAUUGGUGAUCCUCAAGUUAGUGGUGAUCAAUUAUCUGAACUUAGUGGUGGAGGAUGCAGUGUUUCUAGCCAGGCACCUGUUGCUCCUAUAGAAAAGUCUUCUGCUCCUUUUAUCUGUGAAAAAUUCUCCGUCUCAUGUGAAUUUGGUCAUCAUAGGAAUAUUGUAAUUAAUAAUGUGGAUAUAUCCAUUGGAGAAGUUGCUGUGAAUUUGAAUGAACGGUUGCUUGCAAAAAAAGAGAGGACAUCAGAAUCUUCAUCAGGCUCUGAUAGAAGUAAAGGGUCAAACCAUGUUGAUCCUAUGAGCACAAACCAGUCUUUAACGAAGGAAGAAAAACUAGAACGCCACAUUUCUUUGUUUCCGGAGAAGGUGGGCUUCAAUCUACAAAAGCUGAAUGUGCGUUUUGAGCAUUGUGAACAUGGUCUUUCUGUUGAAAAUAACAUCACUGGCAUCCAAUUUAAUAGCGUCAAAUCACGCUCCAAUAACGAUAUUGGGGAGAGUACACGCUUUGAUUUUCAACUGGAGUUCAGAGAAAUUCAUCUUCUUAGAGAAGCUGGUGCUUCUGUCGUGGAGAUAACGAAUGUGAAUUUGGUCUCCUUAGUGUGUGUCCCAGUGCAAUCAAUAUCACCUGUUAAAGCUGAAAUUGAAAUCAAGCUUGGACGUUCACAAUGCAACAUCAUAAUGAGCAGAUUGAAGCCUUUGUUGCUCCUCCGCUCCUCCAAACCGAAAAAAGUGGUACUUCGAGACGAAACUUCUGUUGUAAAACCGAAAUCAAAUGAUAGCAAGACCAUCAUUACAUGGACAUGUAAAUUUUCAACUCCUGAGAUAACAAUCAUGCUUUAUAAUAUGGAUGGUUUUCCGGUGUACUAUGGUUGCUUACAAUCACCGCAUCUAUUUGCAAACAACAUUUCAAAUAUGGGGACUUCAGUAAACGUUGAACUUGGUGAGUUCAAUCUCCAGUUGGCUGAUGAAAAUAAAGACUGGUUGAAAGAAAGCAUUUUUGGUGUGGAAUCAGACUCUGGCUCCAUUAUACACAUUACAAAGGUUAGUUUGGAUUGGGGAAAAAAGGACAUGAAAUCCUCUGAAGAAGAUGGUCCCAUGUGUAUUCUAGGUUUAGCAGUUGAUGUUACUUGCUUGGGGAUUUAUCUAACCAUCAAGCGUUUAGAAUCAUUAAUAUCAACAGCGAUAUCCUUUCAAGCUUUAAUGAAAAACUUCUCUUCAAAGAAAAAAUCAACUCAAAGCCAAGGGCAUUCAUCAUCAAAAAAUACGGGUAAGGGAACUCAAAUGUUGAAAUUCAAUCUUGUACAGUGUUCAGUAUAUGUGUUGGGGGAGACUGGAUUAGAAAAUACAGUUGUUCUAGAUCCCAAGCGAGUUAAUUACGGUUCGCAGGGUGGCAGAGUUAUAAUAAAUGAAUCGGAAGACGGUACCCCUCGCACUGCAAAGAUAGUAUCCACGGUUUCUGAUGACUACCAAAAACUAAAGUACUGUAUCUCUCUCGAAAUAUUUCAAAUCAAGUUAUGUGUAAACAAGAUGAAACAAUCCACACAGAUAGAACUUGAAAGGGCCACAUCUAUCUAUCAGGAAUAUGUGGAGGAAAAUAGGCCGAUGACAAAGGUGGCAUUAUUUGAUACGAAAAAUAUUAAAUUUGUAAAACGCUUAGGUGGUGGCCCCAAAGAGAAUUCAGCUUGUUCUCUUUUCAGUGCUACUGACAUUACAAUGAGGUGGGAGCCUGAUGUUCAUCUAUCACUAAUUGAACUUGUUCUCCAGCUGAAACUAGUUGCACACAAUAAGAAGCUUGAGGAAUGUGGUAAUGAACACGUGGAAGGUUCAUCUAAUGUAAGAGAUACUAAUUGCAAAAAUGAAGCUACCACGGAAUCAAGGAAUCUUGAAAAGAAGAAAGGUUCUAUUUUUGCUGUUGAUGUUGAAACGUUGAAUAUAUCGGCUGAGCUAGGAGAUGGAGUUGAUGCUAUGGUUCAGGUUCAGUCAAUUUUCUCUGAGAAUGCUAGUAUAGGAGUGCUCUUUGAAGGACUAAUGGUUAAUUUUUGUGGGGCCAGAAUCUUGAAGAGUAGUAGGAUGCAAAUUUCACGAAUUCCUAGUAUAUCUGCUAGUGCAUCUGAUGCAAAGGAAACUGUUGCCACAACAUGGGACUGGGUAAUUCAAGGUCUUCACGUUAACAUUUGUUUGCCAUACAGAUUGGAAUUGCGUGCUAUUGAUGAUGCUUUUGAGGAUAUGAUGCGAGCUUUAAAGCUUAUUGUGGCAGCAAAGUCUAAUUUGAUUUUUCCUGUGAAAAAAGAUAGUUCUAAAGUCAAAAAACCGAGUUCAACAAAAUUUGGAUGCAUAAAAUUUUUCUUACGCAAGUUAACUGCUGACAUUGAAGAGGAACCAAUACAGGGAUGGCUUGAUGAACACUACCAGAUGUUGAAGAAGGAAGUUGGUGAGUUAGUUGUCCGGUUAAACUUUCUAGAGGAAUUUAUAUCGAAGGCCAAGCAAGACCCAAAUUCUUCUGAUGACUUAAAUAAUUCUUCCCAAGUUGGAAAAGUUUAUUUUAACGAAGUGGAGGUUGAUGUAAAUAAUUCUUCAAUUAUUGAAUCCAUGAGAGAAGAAAUUUAUAAACGAUCAUUCCGUUCAUAUUACGAGGCAUGCCAGAAGUUAGUGUUUUCUGAAGGCUCAGGUGCUUGUAGGGAUGGCUUUCAAGCUGGUUUCAAACCCAGUGUUUCAAGGUCUUCUCUUUUUACGUUAUCUCUAUCAAACUUAGAUGUAAGCCUGACAAAAAUUGAUGGUGGAGAUGAUGGGAUGAUUGAGUUUGUGAGGAAACUUGACCCUGUUUCUCUUGAAUGUGAUAUACCAUUUUCCCGACUGUAUGGGGCAAAUAUUCUCUUAAACACGGGUUCUCUUGUGGCUCAGCUUCGAGAUUACACAUUUCCUCUAUUUUCUGGAAAUUCUGGCAAAUGUAAAGGUUCUCUUGUGUUGGCUCAGCAGGCAACUAGCUUUCAACCUCAAAUGCUUCAAGAUGUCUAUGUUGGGCGAUGGAGGAAGGUGUUCAUGCUUCGAUCAGCUACUGGUACAACUCCACCCAUGAAGACAUACUUUGAUUUGCCAAUACAUUUUCAGAAAGGCGAAGUGUCAUUUGGGGUGAGUUAUGAACCAGUUUUUGCUGAUCUUAGUUAUGCUUUCACCGUGGUGCUACGGAGGUCUAAUCUAAGUAUUAUGAAUCCUGGCCCACUUAUUCUGCCACCGAAAAAGGAAAAAAGUUUGCCAUGGUGGGAUGACAUGAGAAAUUACAUUCAUGGAAGAAUUUCCUUGUUAUUUUCUGAAACUAGAUGGGAAAUUUUGGCCACUACAGAUCCUUAUGAAAAGCUUGAUAAACUUCAAAUUGUGACUAGCUCUAUGGAAAUUCACCAGUCAGAUGGUCGUAUUCUACUUUCUUCAAAAGAUUUCAAGAUUUUUUUGAGUAGUUUGGAAAGUUUGGCAAACAAACGUGGUUCUAAACUUCCAGCUGGUGUCGUCUCUGGUUCAUUUUUGGAAGCUCCCAUCCUUACAAUUGAAGUUACAAUGGACUGGGGUUGUGACUCUGGAAAACCCUUGAAUCAUUAUUUAUUUUCACUUCCAGUUGAAGGGAAACCUCGUGAAUUUGUAUUUGAUCCCUUCAGAUCCACUUCUCUUGCCAUUGGAUUGAACCUAUCUUUUGGAUCUGCUCUUCCUUUGUCAGAUAAAAAACAUCCAUCCUCCAUACAAGGAGAUGUUACUGUAUCUCAUUCUCCUAACAUUUGUCAGAAUGUUUCACCGGCUUCCCCAACAAUAAAACUCGGUGCUCAUGAUGUAGCAUGGCUUGUAAGAUUCUGUCUCUUGAACGUCCUACCUCCACAUAAACUUCGCACCUUCUCACGAUGGCCUCGUUUUGGAGUUCCAAGAAUUGUCAGAUCAGGCAAUCUUACACUUGAUAGAGUGAUGACUGAAUUUAUGAUGCGUAUAGAUUCCACACCAUUCUGCAUAAAGAACAUGCCUUUACAUGAUGAUGAUCCAGCGAAAGGACUGACCUUCAUGAUGGCAAAGUUUAAGCUUGAAUUAUAUUUUAGUAGGUGCCAGCAACAUUAUACUUUUGAAACCAUACGUGAACCUCUUGGUCUUGCUUACCAAGGUAUUGACCUUCAUAUGCCCAAGUGUUUCCUAAGUAAAGGAGAUUGCGGAACUGUUGCUAAAUCAGCUAGUGUGAUACCAAAAAGUUCACAAUCUGCAUCUGAGGAAAAAAUUCCCUCUGAAAAGGGUUAUUUGGCACAGAAAAAUAAUGAUGAUGGAUUUAUUCUAUCUUGUGAUUACUUUACCAUACGGAAACAGUCUCCAAAGCUUGAUUCUGCUAGUUUAUUAGCCUGGCGUGAAGCCGGAAGAAAAAAUGUUGACAAAACCUAUGCACAGAGUGAAACUGAUGAGCAUAUGCGAUCAGACCCCAGCAAUGAUGAUGGAUACAAUGUGGUUAUAGAGGAUGAUGGGUACAAUGUGGUAAUGGCUGACAAUUGCCGGCGUGUGUUUGUCUAUGGUCUAAAGCUUUUGUGGAAUAUUGAAAAUAGAAAUGCAGUUUGUUUCUGGGUUGGGGGUCUAACCAAAGCUGCUGCACCUGCCAAGCCUUCUCCUUCCCGGCAGUAUGCACAGAGAAAAUUACAUGAGAAAAACAACCAACAGCAAGAUGGAACUGAAACUAGUCAAGAUGAUGCAUGUGAAACCCAUCAUGAUGCAUGUGAAACCCAUCAAGACGAUGAAACUGAAAUGCAAAAAGAUGACGGAGUUGAAACCCAUAAAGAUGAAGGAGCUGAAACCCAUAAAGAUGAAGCUCAAAAAGACGAAGGAGUUGAAUCUCAUAAAACUGUAGGAGUUGAAACCCAUCAAGAUGAAGUUAGUAAGUCCCUUCCCACUGGUAACAUCUCAGAUUCUUCCUCUUCUCUGGCUGCCAGGACUUCUGAGUUCCCUUCAUUCCCAUCACAUUCACUUAAGUUGGACAGCUUACCAUCUGCUAAAAAUGAAAAUACAGACGAAUCGGAGGAGGGGACUCGACACUUCAUGGUUAAUGUUAUUGAACCACAAUUUAAUCUUCACUCGGAGGGUGCAAAUGGUAGGUUUUUGCUUGCUGCUGUAAGUGGACGCGUUUUAGCCCAAUCGUUUCAUUCAGUUCUUCAUGUUGGCCAUGACAUGCUUGAGAAAGCGGGUGGUACAACAGAUGAACAUAUUGGUGAAUAUCAGCCUGAAGUUGCAUGGAAAAGAGCGGAGAUGUCUGUUAUGUUGGAGCAUGUGCAGGCGCAUGUAGCACCAACGGAUGUUGAUCUAGGGGCAGGAGUGCAGUGGCUGCCAAAAAUUAUGAAAGGCUCACCAAAAGUAAUGCGUACAGGUGCACUUCUUGAGAGAGUUUUUAUGCCUUGUGACAUGUACUUUCAGUACACGAGGCACAAAGGGGGCACUCCAGAAGUGAAGGUGAAGCCCUUGAAGGAGCUCAAGUUCAAUUCUCAUAAUAUUACAGCAGCAAUGACAUCUCGCCAGUUUCGAGUCAUGUUGGAUGUGUUAAACAAUCUUCUACUUGCCCGGCUUCCAAAGCCUCCAAAAAGUAGCCUGGCACUUUCUGCUGAAGAUGAUGAAAACGUCGAAGAGGAAGCAGAUGAGGUGGUUCCAGAUGGUGUUGAAGAAGUGGAACUUGCAAAAAUCAACGUCGAAAAGAAAGAGAGGGAACAAAAUUUGCUUCUUGAUGAUAUGAAAAAAUUGUCUUUUUGGUGUGACCCUUCCAAAGAUCUACAUCCAGAAAAGGAACAAGGGUUGUGGAUGAUAGAUGGUGGAAUAGCCAUGCUGGUCCAAGGACUGAAGAGACAACUUGUAACUGCACAAAAAUCCAGGAAGGAAGCACAAGCAUCAUUAAGAACGGCUAUGCAAAAGGCUGCACAGGUGCAUCUAAUGGAAAAGGAGAAGAACAAAAGUCCUUCCUUUGCUAUGCGUAUAUUUUUGCAAAUUAACAAAGUUGGUUGGAGCAUGCUUCUUGAUGGUAAACCCUUUGCUGAAGUUGAAAUCAAUGACAUGAUCUAUGACUUCGACCGAGAUUACAAGGAUGUGGGUGUUUCUCAGUUUACGACCAAAUAUUUUUUUUUCAAAAAUUGUCUUGCAAAUGCCAAAUCUGAUAUGAUUUUGUCAGCAUGGAAUCCUCCAGCUGAUUGGGGAAAAAAAGUCAUGCUUAAAGUUGAUGCGAGACAGGGAGCUCCAAAGGAUGGAAGUUCUCCCUUUGAACUUUUCCAAGUAGAGAUAUAUCCACUUAAGAUCCAUUUAACAGAGACAAUGUACAGAAUGAUGUGGGUAUAUUUCUUCCCAGAGGAAGAACGAGAUUCACAACACCGACAAGAAGUUUGGAAGGUCUCAACCACUGGUGCAAGGCGUGUAAAGAACUCUUCAAGCAAUCAGUCGACAAAAGAGUCCGAGGCCUCAUCCAAAUCUGGCGGCUUCUCAUUCCUAUUUCCUGCAACCAAUCAGCCUUCUGCACAGAAAUCCAAAGCACAAAAUGUCAAAGGAGUUACCGGUACUGGUUCAACCCCUGAGUUGAAAAGGACUACUUCUUUUGAUGAGACUGUGACCGAACCUGUAGCUGAUGAACUCGUCGUACAAUUUGGCUCUUCUGAGCAGCAAGAUGAAGCAUUUAAGAAUAAAUCAAAAGAUCCAAAAGGUGUAAAAGCUGCAGCUGGUAAUUCAUCUCUUGACGAAAAGAAGGUGUCUAGGCCACAAAAGAUAGUGGAAUUUCACAACAUCAAAAUUAGUCAGGUGGAAUUGUGUGUUACAUAUGAAGGGCAAAGAUUUGUUGUAAGUGAUAUGAAAUUACUGAUGGAUCAAUUUCACCGAGCCGAGUUUACCGGGACUUGGCAAAAACUCAUUUCCCGAGUUAAGAAGCACAUCAUUUGGGGAGUCCUAAAAUCUGUGACUGGCAUGCAGGGAAAGAAAUUUAAAGACAAAGGUCAGAAUCAGCCAAGUGGGGCUGUUGUUCCAGACGUUAUUGAGCUCAAUUUUAGUGACACUGAAGGCCAUGCAGGAAAACCUGAUAAGUAUCCACCAUCUUGGCCUAAGCGCCCUACUGAUGGAGCAGGCGAUGGAUUUGUAACAUCUGUUAAAGGACUAUUUCACAAUCAACGCCUCAAAGCAAAAGCAUUUGUGCGUAAGACAAUGAAAGGUGAAGGAGAAAAUGAAGCUCAAGAAGAAUGGAGUGAAAAUGAUGCAGAAAUCUCUUCUUUUGCUAGACAGCUAACCAUAAUAAAAAAAGAUAAAAAGCUUACUAAACGCCAAACUAAUAAGUUCCUCUCUAAAGGACAAAAAGGUUCGUCCGCAAUACAAAAAGAAGAAUUACUACCACCAUCACUUCCAAAAGAGACAACUACAUCCUCAAUACAAAAAGAAGAAUUACUAUCAACAGCUCCAAAUGAAAUAAUUACAUAUGAAAGUGAUUCGUCAAGUGGAUCAUCCUCAUCCUAUGAACUUCUUCUUGAAUAGAGGUUAAAGAUGUUUAGGAGUAUGUAAACUAAUAUAAAUGAGUAUGUAAACUAAUAUAAAUUAAUGUUUAAGUCGUGGUCUGUGAUACCCAAAGGUUUGUAGUGUAAUUCAACCGGAUACUUCAGAAUGCGUUUUAACUAAAACACGUGCAAGAAAAUGUGUUAGCAUGUGAAUUAAUCAAAUCACAGCGGAAGGGCGUCAAAACAGUUUCUUACAUUUUGAAUCAAUUUGCCAACUGCAUGAUUAGGCUCGAUGAUCUUUGUAAGAAAUGUAGGUAUGGAUGUUAGAAAACUAAUAGAUUUGGUUUCACCUCACAAGAACUUGUAUAGCUCAAGGUAUAUGUUCAAAAUAAUGAGUAAUUUCAAGUUGAAUAGAUAAA